CUUAUACUUUGCAGCAUAACAAAAUUUAAAGAAACAAAGAGAAAAAGUGUUUGGUUCAUCCUUCUUCUUAGAGAAGUACAUAUUUUUCACUUCAUCAUGUCACCUGCGAAGCUGUUCUGUCUCUUGGUCUCGUGCAUUGUCCUUUUUGUCAACUACAACAAUAGUGGCUUUGUGACCGCAACAAAUAGCAUUGGCUUGAACUACGGCCUCCUUGGAAAUAACCUCCCGUCUCCGCCCAAUGUUCUCAACCUUUUCAAAUCCAUAGGCGUUACUAAAAUCCGAAUCUUCGACCCAGACACUACGGUCCUCAACGCCUUACGCGGCCGCCGCGACUUUCAAGUCAUGGUUGGCGUUAGGAACGAGGAUUUGGCUCCUCUUCACCUCAGCGAAGAAGCUGUAAGGAGAUGGUUCGAUACCUACAUCACGCCUUAUUUAAGUGAUGUCAAGAUUGCAUACAUUACUGUCGGUAAUGAAGUCAUCCCCAGAGAUAUCGGUAUAUAUGUUCAUCCAGUCAUGCAGUCUCUCACCAACCUCGUCAAGUUGAGGAAUCUUCCAAUCUUAGUAAGCACCGUGGUGGCUAUGGACAACCUCGAUGUAUCAUUCCCACCUUCUAACGGAACGUUCAAACCCGAAGCACGUAAACAACUUGUUCCCGUUCUGCAACUAUUGUCCCAAACAAAGACGCCCAUACUUGUGAACAUUUAUCCUUAUUUUGCUUACGCGGAGGAAAAAAACAAUAUCCUUUUGGAGUAUGCCACCUUCACCGCUAGGAGAGUCGUGGUCCAAGAUGGACCAUUGGGAUAUUCGAACUUGUUUGAUGCCAUGUUUGACGCAUUUGUGUCGGCGAUGGAGAAGGAAAGAAUGGGUGAUUUACCCAUGGUGGUAACAGAGACCGGAUGGCCAUCCGCGGGGAAUGGAGACAAAACCACACGGGAGAUCGCGGGUACCUACAAUAGAAAUUUUGUGACUCAUAUAAGAAGUGGAAGAGGGACGCCUAGGAGACCCAAUAAUGGUAUGGACGGAUAUAUAUUUGCAACGUUCAACGAGAAUAUGAAGGGGGGCACCCCAGAUGAGCAACAUUUUGGCUUGUACAAUCCUACCGAUAUGAAGCCUAUCUACAAGCUAUUUUAAAGUGUGACAAGUUUCUUACACUUUCCGGAUUCACACUACUAGUACAUGUUAUAAGCAACUAGUUGUCUAUGAGAUGAUGAGAUCUCUCGCAUAGUAUCUUAGUUGACUUUGUAACACAUCUAUCUAUGUAGUAUUUUAAAAUCAGUAUUUCGAUGGUUUAAUAAAUGAACGUAUGUUGUUUCUUCA